UAUCAGGCUGUGAUGAGCCCACAAGGGACGCUUUGAUUGGCCAAUAGCUGGAAACCAGGUAGUGGAAACACUUGCGGUAUACUGCCCAGCGUUCAUCGUACCGUGUCCAUCAUGGAGCCACCUCUGUUUCCCCGUGAGUCUGGGCAGUUCGUAGCAGAGCGGGGUCGGGAUGUGUUUGUGGAGGAGGAAGGAGUGCAGAAGGUGGCAGAGAUGCUCUACAGCCUCCGACACAGUGACGAACUGACUGCCAGUGGCUGGAAGAUGGCAAAUCCAUUGGCUCCAGCACCCACCUCUGACCAGGCCUUGAACUGGGUGUUUGUGGUAGACACAAUUAACUUCUCCUUUUGGCCAGAGAAAGAAACUCAACAGUGUGAGGUGACCUAUAAAGGGACCACAUACACAGGAUACACAACAUUGUGUGCUGCCAUCACCAGGGCCAUGGAGGAAGGUAUACCCAUCACUGAUCCGAAGUACUUCUCUCAGAUGAGUGUGGAGGAGUUGGGACAUGUCCUUCGAUCAGACAAUAAAACACCCAUGCCCAUGCUUCAGGAGCGUCACCAGGUGCUGACUGAAGGUGGCCGCGUGCUGCUGGAAAACGGUGGCAGCUUCCGGAGUUUUAUCAGCCAAGCCGGGAACAACGCCCGGAAGAUGGUGGAACUCAUCGUGGAGAAGAUCCCUUCCUACAGGGACGAAGCUACAUAUGAGGGGAAGAGAAUCUCGUUCUACAAGCGAGCCCAGAUCCUGGUGGCAGAUUUCUGGGGUGUCAUGGAGGCCAGAGGAGAGGGAGACAUCAUUGACAUGGACUGGCUCACCAUGUUCGCAGACUACAGAGUCCCUCAGGUUCUUGUCUACCUCGGAGCACUACGAUACUCUGAUGCACUGAUGCAGGCGCUGAAGAGCGGCGAGCUGCUGAGUUCAGGGGACAGGAGAGAGGUCGAGAUCCGAGGUUGUUCGAUUUGGUCUGUGGAGCUGAUCAAAGAUCGUCUUUGCAAAUUGAUGCAGGAGAGAGAUGGACAGACCUGCAGCAUCAACUCUGCAAUCAUCGACUUCUACCUUUGGCCUUAUGCCAAGCAGCACCACAAAGAGAUGGCCCACAUUCCCAUACACCACACACGCUGUAUUUACUACUGACGAAUGCUGGCAGCAUUACUUACAGUAGGCUGUACUUCUCAGUGUGCAGCCUUGGCAUCGGUGCCUCUCCCUGAGAUAAAGCCAAGCACGUCUUUGUGCCAGAUAUAUGUACAAAUGGGCUUCUCACUAGCUGUAAUGGAAACAGGUGUCAAGCUUUAAUGUAGCUUUUUGGUCUAUGUGGGUAGUAGCACUGUUGUCCAUAUGCAGUCAAUUAAAGUGUUUACUGUUGUUGAUGUGGACCAUUUUCUAACAAACUUAUCACUGGAGAGCAAGUGAUCAUAUAUUGUAUGGGAACAUACAAUGAUGGACACAUCGGUGUAUCUGCAGCAAUUUGAACUAGUGAACUGACACUCAUCAAACUGUGAAAAUAAAAAAAAUUUGAUUAGA